CCAUUCUACUGUCAACUCUACUAUCGUUGGCAAAUAUAGGAUUAGAUUGAAGUUAGCGAGAACGACAACUAUCGGUCUGCAGUCAUUUAGUCGUGUAGCUGUCAAAAUAGGUCCGUCCUUAAGAACGUGUGUAUUUUAAUAUUUGACAGAUGUCGCUUGUAGUCUGUCGCGAGCAUUAUAUUCAACACAUGAAUGCAACUGUCAAAUAAACAAAAUACUUAAAAUUUACAAAGCGAAGGAUUUUUUGUAUCAAAACGAGAAUGACUAUAUUUGGAAAAAUUGCUAUACAUUUUUUUUUCUAACUUUGCGAUAUAAAUUUAAAAUUAAGCGAAAACGCCGUAGCCUAAAUUUGUAAUCAUGAAAAUGGAGACAAAUUUCACUGUACAUAAAUUUUACUGACCAAAAUAUGCGACUGAACGAGAACACGAAAAUCGUAGGAAAGAAAGUAAUUUUAGUGCCAUACUGUGCAGCACAUGUCGAAAAAUAUCACGAAUGGAUGAAAUCCCCGGAACUACAAGAGUUAACUGCUUCAGAGCCUCUCUCGCUUCAAGAGGAAUAUGAAAUGCAACGAAGUUGGCGUGAAGAUGAAGACAAAUGUACAUUUCUAGUUUUAUGCAGAACUACUUAUGAACAAACUGAUGAUGAAAUUUACUCAUUGGUAGGAGAUACAAAUUUGUUCUUGAGAGUGGAGGAUGGUGGUGAAGGAACAGACUCAAGCUACCAAGUGGCCGAAGCAGAGAUAAUGAUAGCAGAACCAGAAGCUCGCAGUAAAGGAUGCGGAUGGGAAGCAAUGCUUUUGUUGUUGAAAUAUGCUUUAAGAAAUUUAAAUAUUAAACAGUUUGAAGUCAAGAUUGGUACAAAAAAUGCAAAAUCGUUACGCAUGUUCAGUAAAAUGCACUUCAAAGAGGUAUCACGUUCAGCUGUAUUUGAAGAAAUCACAAUGGUACUAAUGAUCGAUGAAGAGUGGAUAAAAUGGUUGGACGGACAGGUGACUUUGCAUUGUGAAAAUUACAGAAAUAACGAUUUAUGCGAUUAGUAGAAAUAAAUGAUCAUAACGUUUAAGGUACAUUUUGUAAAGUACUGUUUGUUUAUUUCGAUUAAAAAGAAAACAGUUUUGUAUCAUAUGUACUUACACACGUGUAUACAUAACUGUCUAAAUUCAAAAAAUA